AUCUCAAUCUGCUUUUUUCCAGAAAUUUCGCCUUGUUUGAUUCUGAUUGUCAUAGAGUUUUGCUUUAUUAAAACUAUACUAGAUGAUGAUACUGCAAAUAAAAUCAAGCAUAUAAGGCCGGGAAGAAGGCGGGAAAUCUAAAGCAAAUUGGCGGGAAAGUCGAACCCAUGUUUAUCUUUUGUCGUCUGUUUGAACGGAUUAAUUGCGAUUUGAAUUUCGAUUUCACACCUCCCUUUCACCCUCUUUCCGCACCGUUUCACUCUCUAGGGUUCCGAACAUGUCCUCCAACAACCCAUUCGACGCUACCUCCGCCUUUUCUGGCGGUGGAUUCAUGCCCUCUCAGCGUCAGCCGUCUCGGUUCGCCGAUUCCACGCCGUCUCCUUCGAAGGGCCGGGAUUCACAAGGAUUGAUUCCAGUUACGGUCAAGCAGAUAAGUGAAGCUUCUCAAUCCGGUGAUGAGAAGUCUAAUUUUACAAUCAAUGGUGUUGAUGUUACAAAUGUUACCGUGGUUGGCAUGCUGUUUGAUAAAAAAGUAAGGUCUUUUAAUGAUAUUCGUUUCCACCUUGAUGAUGGGACUGGGCGAAUUGAGUGUAUAAGAUGGGUAACUGAAAAUUCUGAGACAAGACAAAUGGAUGAAAUUGAUGAUGGGACUUAUGUUCGCCUCAAUGGGCAUUUGCAAAGUUUUCAAGGCAAAAGGCAAUUGGUUGCUUUUUCUGUGAGGCCUGUCACAAAUUUUGAUGAAGUCACUUUCCACUACAUUGAUUGCAUUUAUCUCCAUUUGUACAAUGCCAAAUUGUUGACCCAAUGUCAAGGAGGUGCCCUGACUCAGCCCCAGCUUAUAGAAUCAUUGUCAAAUACUCCUGUGCACACUACAUCAAAUGGAUACCAGACACCAUCUUUUAAUAAUUUCACCGUGGAUGUCAGCCCAGAUGGACUCAAGGGCUUUGAUAAAUUGGUCCUGAACUAUCUGCAGCAACCUUCAAACAUUGAACGGGAAAUGGGGGUCCAUCUAAAAGAAAUUUCCCAACAGUUGAAAUCACCCAUAGAGAAGAUCAAGGAUGCAAUUGAGUUUCUUGAGAAGGAAGGUUUGGUAUACUCCUCCAUUGAUGAUUAUCACUACAAAGCGGUGGAAGGUUGCUAGUUUUUGCUAUUUGUCUGAGAUGUUAGGAUCAACAGGCUAAUUCUGAUUCAGGAUAAGAUUAUUAUGUAAGACAUGUUUUAAUGCUUUGACCAGAAAGUAUUAAUAUCUGACAGUUUAAAUGCUGUCUUGAUCUCAUAAUAAGCAGGAUUGUACGAAUUUUUAAUAUAUUUUCAAGAUUCAGUCACAAUUUAUUGAAUGAUUUCAUCUUCCUAAUCUAGGAAAGAUGGGUAUGAUUAUUCAGGCAUGCAAUUCCUGUA